AUGAGGGGUCAAGUUUCAUCUCCUACUGAUGAAGUUAAUGACUGUCCCAAUUUUAGUUUGGGAAUCUCACAAGUAUCGGGUGAGCAAAACAAGGGUGAGCCGAACAAGGAGCAAACAAGAAGUAGAACAAGGAGCAUAAAACAAGUUAAAGAGGUGAACAAUGUGAAGAAAUUGAAAAAAAGAUGCGUUGAUUUAACAUCUACAUCGAAGAAAAUCGUGGACUGUGAUGACGAUUUUGAGGUUUUACCUCCUCAAUUUCAAUCAAAAAAAUUGAAAAAUAAAGAUGGGCCGGAGAAGAAGAAGCCAGUGAAGGAUGCAAAAACACGAAAUCGAUUGCCCAACAAUGUCAUUCUACCAGAGAGUAGAUAUCCGGGACUGUGGAGUUUUCGUUGA